CGCCCCCGGCGCAGCCCCGCCCGGUUCCCGUGCCAUGGCGGCGCUCCUGCGGCGCGGGUUGAGAGCGGCCGCGCUGCUCACCGGGACCCCGCGGCGGGCGGCGGCGGCGUGGCGGGGGGCACCGGAGCCGCCGGACCCUGCGAUGGAGGAGGCCGAGAGCUGCGGGGAGGCGGCACCGGGGCUGCGGGGCCGGGGCUCUCACGUCUCUCCUCUCAGGCCGCGGCGGCGGCGGCGGGAGCUGGGCAAGGAGCGCGGAGCCCCCGAGCGCACGCUGACCUGGUCGGCCAUGGAGCAGAUGCGGUUCCUGCGGCGGGAGCUGCCCGAGGAGUGGCCGCUGGAGCGUCUGGCCCGGGGCUUCGGUGUCAGCCCCGACGUGGUGCGGCGGGUGCUGCGGAGCCGGGCCUGCCCCCCGCCGCACCGCCGCCUGCGGCAGGACCGGAAGGCGCUGAACGCCGCACCCAGAUCGGCACCGGGCCCGGAAACCGGCCGCGAGGUGCGCGCUCCCGACGGCACGCUGCUGUACCGGGUGCCCUGGGGCGGGCCGGGGCCCGGCGAGCUGUGAGCGGCCGCGGGGGCACCGCCUCCCCCCGCGCCCGCUCCGCCUUGGCCAUGGACUCCGACGCUGCGCGGCUGCUGGACGCGGCGGAAUUCGCGGCCCAGAAGCACCGGGAGCAGCGGCGGAAGGACCCCGAGGGCACCCCUUUCAUCAACCACCCCAUCGGCGUCGCUCGGAUCCUGGCCUGCGAGGCCGGUGUGACCGACAUAGAGCUGCUGCAGGCCGCUCUGCUCCACGACACGGUGGAGGACACGGACACCACGUUCGCGGAGCUGGAGGCGCGGUUCGGCGGCGCCGUGACGGGCCUGGUGCGGGAGGUGACGGACGACAAGGAGCUGCCGCGGGCCGAGCGCAAGCGGCUGCAGGUGGAGCGGGCCCCGGGCCGCAGCCCCCGCGCCAAGCUGCUGCAGCUGGCCGACAAGCUGCACAACCUGCGGGACAUCGGCCGCUGCCCGCCGGCAGGGUGGUCACCGGAGCGCGUGCAGGAGUACUUCCGGUGGGCGGCGCAGGUGGUGUCCGGCCUGCGAGGGACGAGCCCCGCGCUGGAGGCGGCGCUGGAGCGGCUCUGGGCGGAGCGCGCGGCGGGGGCGGGACCGGAACCGGGACCGGGGGCCGAGGGCGGUGCGGGGAGCGACAGCCAAUAAACGUGCACAGAGCCGAUGUCCCGCCUC